AUGGGCUUCGACGCUGCCCUCUUCGGCAGCUCCAUUCUCAGGACUUCCAUCGGCCAGCUGGGAAGCAAGACCUUCUUCGUCUCGGCCAUACUCACAGCGUGGUGUCCCUGGGAGGGCCCCCGAAGCCAUGAGGAUGGUGGCUUUCAGAUGCUGCUGGUGCUGCUAGGGGCGUACCUGGCAUGGGUCAUCCGGGUCAUGCUUCUGAUCUACGCGACGGACAAGACCUGGCAAUUUGCCGCCUGCGACGGCCUGUCCUGCUUUUGCUUCCUGAUUCUGGGCCUGCGGGCCCGAAGCGACCUGGCCGGCUGUGAUGCGCGCGACCUUAGGGCCCGCCUGCGCUACACUCCCAGCGGAGCCGACGCAGCUGGCGGGACUGCCGAUGGAGAUGUCGAAAAGCCGAAGGAGGUGGGCUGGACCGGGGAGUGGAACACAGCGGCCUUUGGAGCCAUCCUCCCCAGCGUCCUGCAGCCGGAGCCGCGGGAGCCACGGAGCACGCAGUACGGGACGGCCGAGCAGUACGCGUCGUCGGACGGCGUGCUCUCUUCCAAGCUAAGCGACAGGACCAUGUCCACUGCCCUGGCGCUUGUUGCACCGUUGGUUCUGGUGUUCCUGGCCCAGGCUGACGAUCGCGCGACCACCCUCCUAGUCCAGACUGGCGUGGACGGCGCCGAUGUCGUCUGCGGCGCUUUGAUGGGCCUGAUGCUGUCCACCUUCGUCUCGGUCUUCUUUGGCAUGGUCAUGGAGAGAGCCCUGGUGGACAGCAGGCUGAUGUUCACAGUGUCCUUCGCCCUCCUGACAUUGAGCUUCGUGUCCCUGACGCAGGCCUUGCUGUACCUGGACGCUGCCCGCCCGGUGCUUGACAUCGCGAAGGGGAAGACAGUGGCCUUGCUGACCAUGAUCGGCGGUGGCUCUUGA